AUGACCUUCGAACUUUCACAGGCAUUCAAUUCGAAAGAUAUUUUAAUUAGCCGAGAAGGCAAUAUUAGAACAAAAGUCGCAAACCCUAAGCAAGGAUCUCAGAUAGACCAGGAAAGUGAGGCAACUAAUCCAUCGCACGAGAAUUUAAUUCAAAAAAUAAAUGAUAAACUAAAAUUGGUUAAUGAAUUAAUAACACAUCAAGCUGAUUAUACCAAUGCAAGUAGUAUAGAUCAAGUUGUUGAAAGCAACAAUACCUCCAGUAAAGUAGUGGGAAAUGACGGAUUUCAUUUGGAACAUGACAAGGUCAAGAAAGAUGAUCAUGAUCAUGGUGAAUCAUACAAAAAUAAGAUAUAUUUUCGAUCCGAUGAUGACGACUUAAUCAAGAAAGAACUUGACAAUCCAUCUGGAGAAAAUCUAAAAAUAAAUCUUAUUCAACUUUAUCAUGAAUUAAAAGAACAGAAAAAGCUAUUAGAAUUGCAAUACUUUCAUCUUCUUCAACAGGAAAAAGAUUUGUCGACAAUGUAUGAAGACUUUAAUACUGCUGAAGAGCCUGUAGUCUCUAUGCCAAAAGAGAAAUACGACAAUGAAAAUGAAGAUCAAGAUACGGCCCAACUUUUAGGACAAAAUAUUCAAUACAUUGGUACCACUCAUGAAGAAAGUAAUCCAUCUCAUCGGAGUAAUACUCGUGAUUGCUUACCUAAAUUUAAUCAGUUACAGUCAGAUAGAAAUGAGUCUAAUAUUAUUAACCAAGAUCAAGCCAACUUUCCUGUCGAUCCAAAUUUGAAACUAACAAAAGAUUUGACAAUUUUUAAAAAGCCUUAUAGUAAAUCCUUGGCCAAUUAUCAACUUACAACACCGUCAGAUCAAGUUAAUAUUGAUAAAUUGCAACAAAAAAUUAUAGAAAAUCAGCAAUUUAUUAAACACUAUCUACGAUCUCUUGAAAAGUCUAUAGAAUUAAAUGUUACAAAUCAAUCAGUAGAAUUACUAGAUACCAAAGAGAUACAUCGUAGAUUGUCCAAUAAUACUAAUGAUGAUCAAUCCUCUAUUGGUGAUCCAAAAAAUCAAAGAUUGACGCCAUCUCGACCCCCAAAAUUGAACCAUCUAGAAAGAGAAGAACAUCGCAGUGUAGAUUACAGUUCACCAUCAGGUCGUAGCUCUCCUAAUAAACUGCGGCAUAGCAAUGUCAAUCUGGAUGAAAGUGAUUCAGACAAUUUAACCGAUAUUGCAUUGUCACAAAUCAAACAUAGAAAGCAAAUUGCAAUACACAAUAAUGAUAAUACUAGUAAAGACCUAAAAAAUGAUUAUAGUGAAUUAUCAACAGGCUAUAUUUCAUCUCCACUAACCCCUAAACGAGCAGUUCGCGUAACAACCAAUCGAUCUGAACCUUCUAAGAAUGAACUUCAUGGGCAUAUAAGAAAUUGGCAAACAGAAGAAAAUCUGGAAAGGAAAGGACGACCUAACGCUGUGGGGUCGCGUUAUUCAAAAGGAGCAUCUUUCAGCUUUGACAUCAUUAAAGAUCAGGAAGAUUCUAUGUUGGAAGAUGUGUUCUUUGUUCAAUAA